UUUGUAUGUUUCAGUGGUCUCCUGACAAAUCAUCCAUCUUUGGAAGCUCAGCAGAAGAUGGUGUCUUGAACAUCUGGGAUCACAAUAAGGUUGGUGAACGUUCUGGUCCAGCCUCAAAGUUUGCACCUGGCUUAUUGUUCAGACACUCUGGACAUAGGGAUAAGGUGGUUGAUUUCUACUGGAACUCGCAUGAUCCAUGGACAAUUGUCAGUGUGUCGGAUGAUGGUGAAAGCACAGGUGGCGGUGGAACUCUACAGAUAUGGAGGAUGAUUGAUUUGAUUCAUAGACCACAGGAAGAGGUGAUUAACGAGUUGGAGCAAUUAAUCACCUCAUCCUUGUUUUUGAUGUUGAAGUUAUUUCCGAAUUUGGGAUUUGGAAAUUUGAUUCGAUUGCAAUGGAGUUUAGAUUUCGAAUCAAUGUUUCAUCUGUUUGAUAAAAAAAUUCAUGUUCUUUUAUCUUUUAUCCCCCGCUUUAGUAGCCAUCUUUGGAAAGCCCUUGAUAUGGACAUCCAAGAUAGAGAACUAGUAAAUGACUGGCUCAUGAUCAUAGUUUACAAAGAACGUGGUUUUGGCUGA